AUGGGCAUCCGAGGCAUGCUGCGAGCCGCUGUGCUCCUGCUGCUCAUCAGGACUUGGCUCGCAGAGAGCAACGGCCCCAGUCCCACCCCGAAAUUCCACUUCGAGCUCUCCUCCAGCAUGCCCGAAGUCAUCCUGGAUCUCUUCAACUGCAAAAAUUGUGCAAAUGAAGCUGUGGUUCAAAAGAUUUUGGACAGGGUGCUAUCAACAUAUGAUGUCCGACUGAGACCAAAUUUUGGAGGUGCCCCUGUGCCUGUGUCAGUAUCUAUCUAUGUCUCCAGUAUUGAACAGAUCUCAGAAAUAAAUAUGGACUAUACAAUCACGAUGUUUUUGCAUCAGACCUGGAAGGACACACGCUUAGCAUACUAUGAGACCAACCUGAACCUGACUCUGGACUAUCAUAUGCAUGAGAAGCUGUGGGUCCCUGACUGCUACUUUGUGAAUAGCAAAAAUGCCAAUGUGCAUGAUGUAACUGUGGAGAAUCAUGUGUUUCAGCUUCACCCAGAUGGAACAGUGCGAUAUGGCAUCCGGCUUACCACAACAGCAGCCUGUUCCCUGGAUCUGCAAAAAUUCCCUAUGGACAAGCAAGCCUGCAAGCUGGAGGUGGAGAGCUAUGGCUAUACCAUCGAAGACAUUGUGUUAUCCUGGGAAGAUGAGAAUGCCAUCCACAUUACUGAUGAGCUGCACAUCCCUCAGUUUACCUACCUGGGGAGGACAAUUACUAGCAAGGAGGUGUAUUUCUACACAGGCUCCUACAUGCGCCUGAUAGUGAAGUUCCAGGUUCAAAGAGAAGUCCGCAGUUACCUUGUGCAGGUCUAUUGGCCCACAGUCCUCACCACUAUUCUCUCCUGGAUAUCAUUUUGGAUGAACUAUGAUUCCUCUGCUGCCAGGGUGACAAUUGGCCUAACUUCUAUUCUUGUCCUGACCACCAUCGAUUCACAUAUGCGAGAUAAACUCCCCCAUAUUUCCUGUAUCAAAGCCAUUGACAUCUACAUCCUUGUGUGCCUGUUCUUCGUGUUCCUGUCCCUGCUGGAGUAUGUCUACAUCAACUACCUUUUCUUCAGCCAAGGACCUCAGCACAAUCGCAGGAGGUGCAAGAAACCCAGGAGAGUUGUUGCCCGAUACCGCUACCAAGAAGUGGUGGUAGGAAAUGUGCAGGAUGGCCUGAUUAAUGUGGAAGACAGAGUGGAAGACAGAGCUGAUCCUCUUCCUGACAGCCCCAUGCAGGCUCAUCUGGCAAGUCCGGAAAGUCUUGUGUCCUUGGUACUCACUUCAGAACAGGCCCAGCUGGCUACCUUGGAAAGCCUCAGCCUACUCUCUUCCACCCCAAGCCAGGCCCAAUUGGCCACUGGAGAAAGCCUGAGUGAUCUGCCCUCCACCUCUGAGCAAACAGUGCAUGGCUGUACCAUUCACUUUCAUGGCUUUCUCACUAAUGACAGUAUUAUCCCCAUCAAAAUCCACAACCAUUCUGAGGCCCAUGGUGAUGGAGACUCUGAAGAGAGCCUAAGCUCUGAAAGCCAUGGCCAUGACAGCAGCCCCAGUGGAAGGCUCAUGUUCCACAGUGGCCAGAGGUGUGUGCAAGAAGCAAGUUGGGACCUUGAUAAGAUUGAGAGCUUACAGGAUGACAUCAGUAUCAAGAGCAGCUGGCUUGGCCUUGAUGAACUAUGCAAGGGGGAUGCUGACAGUAUCUGGAGCCUUACUGAUGAGCUCAUGGCCUGUGACCGAGAGAAGGACCAUAGCUCAGAGUCUGGAGAGAGUUACCCCUCAAGCCCUGGGUGCUCAUUCAAUGAAGAGUUCUCUUUCCAGAUCUUUAACCCUGACCGGGUCCCUAAGGUUGAUAGGUGGUCCCGUUUCCUCUUCCCUCUUUCCUUUGGGUUGUUUAAUGUGGUUUACUGGUUGUACCACAUCUAUUAGUUUCCCAUACCCUACAGCAGCAGAGAUACUAUGAUGUGUUUCCUUCAUAAUUCCUUAGGUUUUGUUUUUCCCUCUUCCCUUUAUUCAUUUUAUUUGGCAGUUGUUAGGGCAAUCAAAUCUGUUGUGCCCUUCUCUUUAUUAUGAGGUGGGGAGGAGAUGGA